UUUUUUAAAACCACAUAUUCAAACGACACGAUCAGCAGAAAUGAAGAGGCCGUGUUUGCUAUACAUAUUAGUAAAAGAUAGUAGUUAAAUUCUAAUUAGUAGUCACUUAAGUGGCUGCCCCGUGCAAAUACAGUAUUAACAAGGAAGAGGUUGAGUAAAAGCUUCAGUGAUUAGUGGCUUUAGAUUGGAAGAAUAACCCUGUAAUUCUAUGUGUUCAGAAGCGAAAUGGGAUCUGAAUCCCAUCAAAUUUAUUGGUGUUCUCAUUGUUUGUGUAAUGGUUUUGACAGUUCUAUUGACGGCCUCUGUUAUACUCAGGGACUUUGCUUCUGAUGGCCUGAAGACUUUGGCUGAAGCUCCAAAUGUCACAGUAUCUGAACAAUAUGGUAAUCAUCGGCCAGUCACGGUGCAGAAAGAUAAACUACUUGGUGGCCUUCUUCCAGCUGGAAUUGAUGAAAAAUCUUGUCUGAGUAGAUACGAGUCAGCCUUAUAUUACAAAGAACUGCGUCACAAGCCAUCGUCCUACCUCAUCUCAAGGAUACGAAACUAUGAGGCGCUUCACAAGCAAUGUGGACCUCAUACAGAAUUAUACAACAAAAGUGUCGAGCUUAUCAAGUCUGGUCAAUACAUAUCAGGUUCUGCAGAUUGUAAUUACUUGGUUUGGAUUUCCUAUAGUGGUUUAGGAAAUAGGAUACUAACCUUAGCUUCAGCUUUCCUAUAUGCUCUUCUUACAAACCGAGUCCUACUUGUUGAUCCUGGAGUUAAUAUGCCUGGUCUUUUCUGUGAACCUUUUCCAGAGAUUUCCUGGUUUCUUCCUCCAGAUUUCCCUAUAAUCAAUCAGUUUAAUUCCCUUGAUCAGAAAUCUCCUCAUUCCUAUGGUUAUAUGGUGAAGAAUGAUAUCAUCAUAGGAAAUUACUCAACUGCCUCAAUAUUACCUCCCUUAAUCUACCUCCAUUUAGCUCAUGACUACGAUGAUCAAGAUAAAUUAUUUUUCUGUGACCAGGACCAAAGUUUUCUCCGCAAAAUCCCUUGGCUUGUCAUGAAGUCAGAUGAAUAUUUCGUGCCUUUUCUUUUCUUGAUACCAUCGUUCGAGCAAGAAUUAAGUAAUCUUUUUCCAGAAAAAGAAACUAUCUUUCAUUUUCUAGGUAGAUACCUGUUACAUCCCACAAAUUCUGUAUGGGGGCUUGUUAUGAGAUACUAUCAAGCUUAUUUAGCCCAAGCUGAUGAAAAAUUAGGCAUUCAAAUUAGAGUCCUUGAAUCAGAUGUUGGUCCUUUAAAGUAUGUAUUGGAUCAGAUAUUAGAUUGUACAAUGAAGGAGAAUCUACUGCCACAAAUGAAUCAGGAGGAGCCAAUAGUACUCAACCCGACGGGGAACAAGCAGAAGAAGAACAUAGCCGUCCUGAUGACUUCUCUAAGCCCUGGAUACGCUGAAGAGUUCAGGAACAUGUAUUGGGAGCAUUCUACCGUGACAGGAGAGAUUGUUGGUGUUUACCAGCCGAGUCAGGAGAUAUAUCAGCAAAGUGAGAAUCUCAUGCACGAAAGAAAGGCGUUGGCAGAAAUGUAUCUACUGAGUUUAACUGACAAAUUGGUUACAAGUGCGCGGUCCACGUUUGGAUAUGUGGCUCAGGGUCUUGGAGGUAUGAAGCCCUGGAUCCUAUACAAGCCUGAGAACAGGACAGCCCAUAAUCCGCCUUGUGUUCGAGCUGCAUCAUUGGAGCCAUGUUUCCACGCCCCACCUAACUAUGAUUGCAAAAAGAAAACGGGAACAGAUACGAGCAAAAUUGUUCCUCAUGUUAGGCACUGCGAGGAUGUGGGAUGGGGCUUAAAGCUAUUUGACCAAAAUGGUGAACUAUAACAAUGUAGGUUGUUAGCUUUAUUCCCUUCUCUAAGGAUGAUGGUCAAAAUGGUUUUCCUUCAAGAUACAUUUUGCUUUCUGGUGAACUGAAGGGUGGCAAGGAUUUGGUCAAAUCAUGGUUUUUCAGGUUUGCAAUUGUUUUUUCACCCUACAUUGAGAAGUGGAAACUUUAUUAGCUGAUCCAAAGCAUCAC